GAGGGUGUCGGCCCGGCCCCGCCAUGGCUGGGACGGACAGCGGGAACCUGAAGACGGUGAGGCUGUGGCGGGACGCCGCCCUGCGCGCCAGGAAGCUGCGGAGCAACCUGCGGCAGCUCAGCCUCAGCGCGGCCGGGGGCUGCCCGGGGACCGACCAGCUCGACUCUCCCGACGCGCCCCAGCUUGUGCUGCCGGCCAACAUCGGGGACAUUGAGGUGCUGAACCUGGGGAACAACGGCCUGGAGGAGGUGCCCGACGGGCUGGGCUCGGCGCUGGGCAGCCUCCGCGUCCUGGUCCUGCGCCGGAACCGCUUCGCCCGGCUGCCCCCAGCGGUGGCCGAGCUGGGCCAUCACCUAACCGAGCUGGACGUGAGCCACAACCGGCUGAGCGUCCUAAGCGCCGAGGUGGUGAGCGCUCUGCGCGAGCUGAGGAAGCUCAACCUCAGCCACAACCAGCUGCCCGCCCUGCCCGCCCAGCUGGGUGCGCUGGUCCACCUGGAGGAGCUGGACGUCAGCUUUAACCGCCUGGCGCACCUGCCCGACUCCCUCUCCUGCCUCUCCCGCCUGCGCACCCUCGACGUGGACCACAACCAGCUCACGGCUUUUCCGUGGCAGCUGCUGCAGCUGGCGGCCCUGGAGGAGCUCGAUGUGUCCAGCAACCGGCUGCGGGGCCUACCUGAGGAUAUCAGUGCCCUGCGUGCCCUCAAGAUCCUCUGGCUGAGCGGGACCGAGCUUGGCACCCUGCCCAGCGGCUUCUGCGAGCUGGCCAGCCUGGAGAGCCUCAUGCUGGACAACAACGGGCUGCAGGCUUUACCCGCCCAGUUCAGCCGCCUGCAGCGACUCAAGAUGCUCAACCUCUCUUCCAACCUCUUGGAGGAGUUCCCUGCCGCGCUGCUGCCCCUGGCUGGUCUGGAGGAGCUCUACCUUAGUCGCAACCAGCUCACUUCCGUGCCGUCCCUGAUCUCGGGCCUGCGCCGUCUUCUCACCCUGUGGCUGGAUAAUAACCGGCUCCGCUACCUGCCUGACUCCAUCGUGGAGCUCACGGGCCUGGAGGAGCUGGUCCUGCAGGGGAACCAGAUCGCUGUGCUGCCAGACAACUUUGGCCGGCUCUCCCGGGUGGGCCUGUGGAAGAUCAGGGACAACCCGCUGAUCCAGCCCCCCUACGAGGUCUGUAUGAAGGGGAUCCCCUACAUCGCAGCUUACCAGAAGGAGCUGGCUCAUUCCCAGCCGGCGGUCCAGCCCCGCCUCAAGCUGCUCCUGAUGGGCCAUAAAGCUGCAGGAAAGACCCUGCUCCGUCGCUGCCUCACCGAGGACAGAGUGGAGGGGAACCAAGGAGGAGGGGACAAGGAGAAGAGCCACCCGCCUUCACCUCCUCCCGUGAGCAAGGGCAUCGAGGUGACCAGCUGGACAGCGGAUGCCUCCCGGGGCCUGCGGUUCAUCGUGUAUGACUUAGCCGGGGAUGACAGUUAUGAGGUGAUUCAGCCCUUCUUCCUCUCCCCGGGGGCCCUUUAUGUGCUGGUGGUGAACUUGGCCACCUAUGAGCCGCUCCGCUUUCCCACCACCGUGGGCUCCUUCCUGCAUCGGGUAGGGGCCCGGGUGCCUCACGCCGUGGUGUGCGUUGUGGGCACGCACGCCGACCUCUGCGGGGAGCAGGAGCUGGAGGAGAAGUGUCUGGACAUCCACCGCCAGAUCGCCCUGCAGGAGAAGCAUGACGCUGAGGGGCUGAGCCGGCUGGCCCAGGUGGUGGAUGAGGCACUGGCCCGGGACUUUGAGCUCCGCUCCGCCAGCCCCCAUGCAGCCUACUACGGUGUGUCCGACAAGAACCUUCGGCGGCGCAAGGCCCACUUUCAGUACCUGCUCAACCACCGGCUGCAGAUCCUCUCCCCUGUGCUGCCCGUGAGCUGCAGGGACCCACGCCAUAUACAGCGCCUGCGGGACAAACUGCUCUCAGUGGCCGAGCACCGGGAAAUCUUCCCCAACCUCCACAGAGUACUGCCUCGGUCCUGGCAGGUGCUGGAGGAGCUGCACUUCCAGCCCCCUCAGGCGCAGCGGCUCUGGCUCAGCUGGUGGGACUCGGCUCGCCUGGGCCUGCAGGCCGGCCUGACCGAGGACCGGCUGCAGAGCGCCCUCUCCUACCUGCACGAGAGCGGCAAGCUGCUCUACUUUGAGGACAGCCCGGCCCUCAAGGAGCACGUCUUCCACAACCUCUCCCGCCUCAUCGACAUCCUCAACGUCUUCUUCCAGAGGGAUCCUUCCUUGCUGCUGCAUAAACUGCUCCUGGGGACCAGCGGCGAGGGCGAGGCUGAGAGCCGGGGUGGAAGCUCCCCGCUGAUGGCGCCGCCCGCCCCAAGCCAGGAUGCGCUCCGGGCCACCCAGCUCCAUCAUUAUGUGGAAGGCUUUCUGCUGCAUGGGCUCCUGCCGGCCCACGUCAUCCGGCUGCUGCUGAAGCCUCACAUCCAGGCUCAGCAGGACCUGCAGCUCCUGCUGGAGCUGCUGGAGAAGAUGGGACUCUGUUACUGCCUCAACAAAGCCAAGGGCAAGCCUCUGAAUGGGUCCACGGCCUGGUACAAGUUCCCGUGCUAUGUGCAGAACGAGGUGCCCCACGCGGAGGCCUGGAUUAACGGGACCAACCUGGCCGGGCAGUCCUUUGUGGCUGAGCAGUUGCAGAUUGAAUAUAGUUUUCCCUUCACCUUUCCACCCAGCUUGUUUGCACGCUACAGCGUCCAGAUCAACAGCCAUGUGGUGCACAGGUCGGAUGGCAAACUUCAGAUCUUUGCAUACAGAGGGAAAGUCCCUGUGGUGGUGAGUUACAGACCUGCCAAGGGGGUCCUGCAGCCGGACACCCUGUCCAUUGCCAGCCACGCAUCCUUACCGAACAUAUGGACGGCAUGGCAAGCCAUAACCCCCUUAGUAGAGGAACUGAAUGUCCUACUUCAGGAAUGGCCUGGACUGCACUACACUGUGCACAUUCUUUGUUCUAAGUGCCUUAAGAGAGGGUCACCGAAUCCACACGCUUUCCCAGGGGAGUUGCUGAGUCAGCCCAGACCAGAGGGCGUGGCAGAGAUCAUUUGCCCCAAGAAUGGCAGCGAGCGAGUGAAUGUUGCCUUGGUUUACCCACCCACACCGACUGUGAUCAGCCCAUGUUCCAAAAAGAACGUUGGUGAAAAGCACAGAAACCAGUGACUUUUAUGGCUGUGGAAUUUCCAUGGAGAAAAGAGCAUCAGAACGCACCUGGACCAUCUUUUGUACCCGGCAAACCCUCCACACUCCCUGGCGUGUUCUGUGAAUUUGAGUGCAUGUGUGUUCAGGGUGCUUUCAGGGAGGAAGCACACCUAGCCUCUAGACAAGGUGGGGAGAGGUGGGGCGGGGCGGGGGGGGCAGGAUGAGAGAGACUGUGGAGCAAAUGUUUUACAACCUGAACCUCAGAACUGUGAUCCUCCAAGGAGAGCGCUACUUGAAGAAAAAAAAAAAAAAGUCGAAUGGCUUCUCAGGGAUUUUAUUUUCCGUGCACAUAUAAGCCAUAAUUCCAGUACAGGUGGCAGUAUUUAGAGCACUCAGAUUUCAGUUCUGUUAAAUGUGAAAGAGAGAUCGACUGACCAUUCAUUGCUGUUCCGUAACUAGUGUAAAAUAUAUAUAUGUUUAUCUUUAUUUUUAUAAUAUGCAAAUACAUUUAAAUUUAUACAGUUUGAAGCUUCUAGAGUUAGUUCACACUGGGUGCAAUAUUCUGAUGAGAACUGUGCCAAGAUGGGGCUGAUUUCUUAUUUUAGUAUAGGACCUUUUGUUUAUUCUUUAAUUCUUUGCAGAUUAAAAAAAAGAUACUAUCUCUCUGCCCAUGGAUUAAGGGUUGGUUCAUAGAGUCUGACGAUAAUCAGCAAGAACUUUGAACAUGCAUUUCAGGUCAGGCGGUGUCCGUCCUUUUAAAUAAAGGUCCCUGCCUGUAACCUGUUGGGCAGGGUAGGAGGAUUCUUCCUUUUCUUUGCCCCCACAUAUCACUAGUGUUGGGCAGAGUCUUCCUUGCUCCGGGCUUUGUGAUGACUGUGAGUUGUUACUGGGUGAUAGUCUGACGGAGGCCUGGCGAUUAAGAUUCUUCUGGGGACAGGGAUCAAGGGAUCCACAAAUCCAAGGAAAAGCAGAGUUUUGCAAUAGCUUCAGAUAAUCAGGAGUCAGUUCUGAAGCAGGUAAAGAGCUCUGCUAGUAAGUCCUUUCUUUUCUGCCCCCAGAAAAGAGUCCGUGAAAUUUAGUAGAGCACUCUGAAAGCCUCCACAUCUGGUGUAAGACCGAAAGCUAGCGAGUUGCCUAACUGGAGAGCAUAAGCCCACAUUGGUUAUUUUAUAAAUACAGAGCCUCUGACUGGAUGGUCUACUGCCAAGAACUAGUAAAACCCUGGUUUUAAAACCUCUGCGAGGUAAAACUUAAAAAGCCAACCAACCAAACUGCUCUCUCUUCUCCUCCUUACCGGGGCCAAACAGCAUCUGCUGCAAUAGUAACAACAUUCUUUGAAGAGUGUGCCUGACUCUGUUUACAUCUGCCUCCUCUGCGUGUUGACUGAAAAUGUGUAGAACUGUUUCUCACCCCUGUAAGGCAAGAAAAAUGAGUCAGCUGGUAUUAUUCUUUUACUUCCUCUAUAAAGUAGUGACUCUUGGAAUGCCACAGUAUACAACGUCCCCACAUAUUUUUGAAAGAAGUAACAAGCAAGUGGCUGCAUUGUGAAAAAUCGCGAAUAAUUUUUGUAGAUUAUUUUGUGCCCCAGGAGGUAACUUUAUUAACUCCAGAACCUCAGUGAAACAAGUAUGACUUCUUAUAAUCAUAAAAUCAAAUGGGAUCAGACUAGUUCUGCAUUUUAAUACUUGAAUAUGACACCUCAAAUUUGCAUUUUCUUUUGGAACAGUCACGAGAUUCACCUUCUUAAUCCUUUUGUCACAGUUCUCCUGUGCGUGUGUGUGUGUGUGUGUGUGUGUAAGUGUAAACUGAAUGGUAACAUUUAAUUGCUUUAUGGACCAUUGAAUUGUUGGGCGUAAAUGUUUUUUCAAUCGGCACAAACAGUUCCUGAACUGUCAAAUUAACCGACUUUGACCAGGAAAAGACUUGUAAAUGACUUCAGGCUAACUCCCCAGGGGACCAUAUUAAAUGAAAAUAAAAAAGCUCCUUUGGGUGACAUACCCUGCAAAGUAUGUGCUCUUGUCAUGAACAUAGAUGCCCACAUUCUUAAUAUCUGCUAUUUUUGGACAAGUGAUGUUUUGUGCUGUCAUCUGAACCCUAGAGAAGCAGUAUAAGAAGAAAGUUUGGUGUCACAUAUAUUUUAGCAAAAAGGUCAUCAUGAUAGAGGGUCAUGUGACCAAAAGCAGCUCCAGAAAAGCUUGAGAACUUGCUUCACGGUUGGGGGAGGGUCGGAGAUACAGAAAACAUUCUGCUCUAUAGGAAUUUUCUUCAUUUAUGCAGGAAAUUCCAUUUUCUCUUUCAACACCUGGGAAGACUCAGCCGGGGAGGCUGACAGGCAAUUCGUAAGCACAAGGGGAAUCUUUUCCAACCAAGACGUCCCUGCCUCGCAAACAAAAGCCCUCCAAGUUUGUUAUGGUUUCUAUUCCUGCAUCUUGUGGUAUCAAAACCACUUCCUGGAAUUGUAAAAGCGCUGCCAGAACAAAUGUUUUUCCCUCUUGCAAGAAAAAACGACAGUGCUUGUAUUUCACACUUGUGCACUGGACUCUCUUGAAUGAAUAAAAUGGAAAGGGUUUGGUGUCAUUCCUGAUGAGGUGUGUGUUCUCUUUCAUGCCACAGUUUGUGAAUUGUAAUUGUGGUUUCCUAUUUAAUUGUCAUAACCAGGCAGAAAUUUAAAAAAAAAACAAAAACGUUUAAUAAAAACACAAAGAAAUAGUUAAGCA